AUGCAGGCGAGGCGGGAUCUACGAUGGCGGCGCAGCAGCAGCAAUCACGUUCUGACGCGCGUAGCCUUUGCGUCUGUGGCCCGUCUACGCAAAGCAGAUGGAACGCAACCAGCAAUGGGGAGCACUGCCUUGGCUCGUACACUACGCCAUCAGCAUGUACAGCACAGCAGCUCGACAAGCCUGAUGGGGUUCCGCCAUUACCCUGGCCGUUGGGACAGCGAUCGUCGGCUGGCGAGCCGAGUCGAUUUACGCUCCCGACUGCGCCUUGGACUGGAUUUCAGGGGUCCGACGCGAGCUUACUUUUUCUGCGUCUCGACGCAACGCUCACACAAGCUGCCAGCAACGGAGUAA